UCUCUUGCGUCGAGGUGGGGUCCUUGGGCCUUACUGAACCUGCGUCACCAGGCAGUUAUGUUCUUGUGGUUUAUCUCCAUACUGUUUCUUUUGCAGUUCUGUAGAUUCUUCCCAGCCGACUAUUCCCACGUAUCUUCCAGAACCCUGAGGCAGUCAUUUGGACUCGGCGACAACGAUUAACAACCCGAGAGGCAGCCUGGAACACCUCAGUGAUGCUUGACAUGUGAUCGUUGCCUUGGAUGAAACGUCACGAAGCCCUCCUCACACUACUCCUACCUUGUUGACCAGUUCAUCCCUUCUCUGAUCAUCACUGAUGAAUGAGCUUCGGCUGUGGUGAAAACAAACCCAAUUUAAUCAUCAUACAUCGCAAAACGCUGUAACAAUGGCUGUCACGUUGCAGCCUCUCGACAUUGCGCCUCCCAAUAUCAGAAGCAUCGCGGCGCCAGUGCUGUCAGCGCUGCCUGGCGCAGCUGCAUCCACCCAGCCUGCUACAACAGUGCUCCCGCUCCUCUCCCCCAUCCUUCGACAGCGUGUCCAGCUGUUGUCGUCCAUGAGCACAGAAUCAUGGAUCCGCCUUCUGACCUACGACACGUCAAAUGUUCCCAAGCUCACAAGCAUCGCCCAGAGUGGUAGCCUAGAUCCCCAUCCAGUAUCAGGCGAAAUCGAGCUCGAUUGGGACUAUGAUGUUGAGGUUAGGUACCGGAGGAUAGACCAGGAGACGCUACAAACCCUGGUUGUCCUCGGGGAAUUGAGCCUAUUUCUACGCCUCGUUUACUGCCCAGACGAUCCCGACGGUGGAGGGGCAGGAUGGCGGGUCGGCGAGGUCGGCGCUGCUGCCAGCAGUGCCUCGACCCUAGCAUCCUUUGGUGGGUUUCCGAGUAUCGCCGAAGCCGAGAAGGCAUAUCAGGCAUCACGGCUGGCUGGCAGCAAGCAACACAAUGGCACGAACGGCGCAUGGAACUCCCAAGUUGCCGACGACAACGGCGAAGACGAUGACGAUGACGACGAUUACUGGGCUCGGUACGAUGCAACACCGGCUCGCACACCCGCCGUGCAACGUUCACCCGCACCGCAGCAACUGAGCGCGAAAAGACCGGAGCCCGAGAUACCCCGUAGCCAGUCGGCCGAAGACGCCUACUUCGCCCAGUACAACUCGGUCCAGCCAGCCAUGGACAAUUACGAUCCCGACGAAGACCUCGAGCACAUUGAGCAGCACACAGAGCGUGCCGGAUGCAUCGAGCGUGUGGAAGCGCCUCCGCCUCUCGGGCUGGCGAGGGCCCAGCGCUCGCACGACAGCGCAGAGCAGACCGAGCUGAGCGAGACGGGCGGCGCCUGGACGCUAGCGGAUCCCCCGAAAUCCCCCUCAGCGCACUCGGCCCGCUCAAAAGAGGACGAGGAGAGGGCGCAGAACCUGCUCCACCCCCGGCCCGCGUCGAGUGCCAGCUCCAGCGGCUCCCAGAUGGUGGCUAAGCUGGAGGAGCGAGCUGAAAGGCGCCAGCAGAGCGAGUUUGGUGUCAAGCAGCAUGUCUCGCGGAGCAUCAGGAGUCUGUUUCUCCUGGCAAAGGCCUCGGGCAUCGACAGGGAAGAGUUUGAGACGAUGGUCCGCACUGAGUUAGAUGUGCUGGGCAUGGUUGAGGAGGAUAUUUAACAAGAUACCCGGAGGGGUGUCGUUGUGUGUUAUCUAUGAUGGCUAUUUGUCGAUGAGAGCAUUCAGCAUUUGUCCAGCGUUAGUAAGGCGAAGGGGUUCGUUCGCAGUUUGGCUUGGAGUUUGGACAGGUGCUGGAUGAGAUUAGCUCGACCGUUAGACAGCAUCAUAGCAGGAAAAAGCAUACUGUAUCCUCCUGUUCAAGAGAGUGUGGGCACUUUGGUCAUGAGCAGGGGAACUAGCAUCAUGAUUUGUUGGCCAAGCUAUGUCCCUGAGUCACAGUCCUGAUGGGAGCAUUGACGCAACUGUAGUUUGAACCAUACUGUAGUACCUUCCAUACCUCUUGAAG